GGGAGGCUGCUGCCGGGCCCCGCACCGAGUGCCGCCCGGGAGACACGGCGGGACCCGCCAGCGCCCCGAGCACCGCCAGGGCGCCCUCUCCUCCCCGCCGAGCGCCGCGGACCGGCAGCCCCGGGGAGCGGCAGCACCGACGGCCGCGGCCCCCCCGCCCCCCCACCGCCCGGCAGCACCGACGGCGGCGGCACCCCCUCACCGCAACAGCAGCAGCCGGCACCACGGCACCAUGACCAUGCUCAAGCUGUCCCUCAUGGCAUUCAGCUUCGUCUUCUGGGCAGCGGGGCUGACCAUGCUCAUCAUCGGCCUUUGGGCCAAGGUGUCUCUGGGGAGCUACCUGGCGCUGUCGGCCAAUGACUACCCCAGCGCCCCUGCCAUCCUCUUGGCCACCGGCGCCGCCAUCAUCAUCUGGGGCUUCCUGGGCUGCUUCGGUGCUGCCACGGAGCACCGGGGCCUCCUGCGUGCCUACAGCACCUUCCUCACUGCUGUGCUGGCGGCUGGGCUGACGGCGGGGCUCUCGGCACUCCUCUACCGCCAGAACAUUGCGCAGGGUUUCCAGGAAGGGCUACGCCAGGCCCUGCUCGCCUAUGGAGAGGACGAGGGGAUGGCGAAUGCCCUGGACUCUUUGCAGCAUGCCUUGUCCUGCUGUGGUGUGGAAAGCUACCGUGACUGGCUUACCUCACCCUGGGGACUGGAGCAAAAUGGCUCAGUGCCCCUCAGCUGCUGCCGGAUCCGCCGGGGUUGCCAGCACAGCCCACCCAACGCACGCGGGCUGCACCGCGAUGGGUGCUUCAGCAAGGUGUCGGCCUUCGUCAGCAGCAACAUGUUUUAUGUUGCCACAGCUUCCCUGGGGUUGGCACUGCUGCAGCUCAUCGGCAUUGUGCUGGCCUGCCUGAUGGCUAUCCGCAUCCCUGCCCAGCUGCUGGUCAUUGCCACCCCUCGCUGACAUCCCCCUGGUCCUGCCCCUUAUCCCCUCCAGCUCCUGUCUUUCCCCCAGAUCUGGGUGCAGUCCAUUGGGAAAAUCGUCCCUUCGUCCUCCCCACUUCCACCUGAGCUUCCUCCUCCAGACUCCAUUCCCCCUCUGGAGCCUGGGAAGGUGCCUCCUGGUCUGGCCAUGCC